AGGAACAAUCAUUGGCAUUGCAUUACUCGUGGUGCUACUCAUAUUCUUACUCAUGGAGCGAGAGAAAAGAAAGCUGAGAGAUAGGUUCAACAAGAACGGCGGACAACUAGUCAAAAGCAUCAAGAUCGAGAUCUUCACCAAGGCAAAGAUCAGAUACAUGACAAACAACUAUACUUCUAUCAUCGGCCAAGGCGCUUUUGGGACAGUCUACAAGGGAACCACCAGCCGCGGUGAGAACGCAGGUGUUGCCGUGAAGAAGUCCACCGCUAUCAAGCAUGACUGGCAGAAGGAGUCCUUCGUGAACGAGAUCAGGAUCCAGUCCCAGAUCAGCCAUCGGAACCUGGUCCAGCUUAUAGGCUGCUGCCUGGAGACAGACGUUCCUAUGUUGGUGUACGAGUUUGUUCCUAGGGGAAGCCUCUAUGACGUGCUCCAUCUCAAGAACGAUCCUCUUCCCCUCGAGACACGCCUCGACAUUGCCAUCUACUCCGCGGUUGCCCUCGCAUACAUGCACACGGAGGCGAGCCAGAGUAUGGCCAUCGUUCAUGGCGAUGUGAAGUCAGCUAACAUCCUCCUCGACGACAGGUUUGUGCCAAAGGUGUCAGACUUUGGCACGUCGAGGCUCAUGUCCAUGGACAAGGACCAUCACACCAACUUGGUGAUCGGGGACCCGGGCUACAUUGACCCCGUGUACGUGAAAACCGGGCUGCUCACCAAGAAGAGCGAUGUGUAUAGCUUCAGUAUCAUCCUGCUGGAGCUCGUUACCCGUAAGAAGGCGAUUUACAAUGGAAAUGAAAGCCUUCCCAUGGAUUAUAUCAAGGCUUCCAUGGAAGGGACAGCGAGGCAGAUGUUUGAUAAAGACAUUGUGGCAAAUAGCGAGGAGCAUAUGGAGUGCCUCGAGGAGGUUGGCAAGAUCGCGCUGCAGUGUCUCAAUGAGAACAACGUGAAUGACAGGCCCACCAUGCGUGAAGUCGUGGACAGACUUAAAGCGUGUAAGAGCCAGUGGUUGGACUGUCAUUGGAAGAAAAAUGAGGUGAUGUAAUAUUGUACAUAGGUAGUUGGUGGCCUUAUGCGAUCUAGGGCAUCACCUUUUAUAAGAUGAGAGUUUAAGAUUACGGAUUUGCUAAUUCUCGUCUAGACGAGAUUUAGUUAUGUCACAUCUAUGUUCUCCACCGUACCACUCAAUUAAGGUGCUGUAAUUUUCAUGCAAACUGUUGAUCGCUCUUUUUUUUUGCUGCUGAAAUGAGCUGGCAUUAAUUAAGUAAUGUUAUUAAACUCA